AAGGUGACGUGAAAACACGGACGACUUCUGAUUGGACGAGAGAUUCACUGUGACUCCGGACAUUCUGCAUAAACCCAGCGUGCAGCAGAGCGAAACAAAACAAGUGGAUUUAUUACUGCCACAAUUUAAUAGAAUUCUUACAUUUAGAAAAAUUAAUCACCGCAAAACCACGCCGUGGGCAACUCAUGAUGUGCAGACAUUCCUCAGUUUGGUUGCCGACGAAAGGAUCCAGCGAGAGGUCUAUAAACUGUUGGCCACACAGGGCUACCAUGAGAUCAUUCAAACAGUGUAGGGAAAAGUAAAACAAAUAAUACUUAAAAGCCAUUAUCGAUCUAUAAAGGACCACAAUGGUCGACGUGGUUUUAACCGAGAGACCUGGAAAUGUUUCGACAAGAUGGGCCUCGACUUGGCCACGGCUUUGUUUGUGUCCCUGAUGGAGGAUGGAGAGAGAUUGUCCUGCAGGAGCUGAACCGGGCUCAGCAGGAGCUGAACCGGGCUCAGCAGGAGCUGAACCGGGCUCAGCAGGAGCUGAACCGGGCUCAGCAGGAGCUGAACCGGGCUCAGCAGGAGCUGAACCGGGCUCAGCAGGAGCUGAACCGGGCUCAGCAGGAGCUGAACCGGGCUCAGCAGGAGCUGAACCGGGCUCAGCAGGAGCUGAACCGGGCUCAGCAGGAGCUGAACCGGGCUCAGCAGGAGCUGAACCGGGCUCAGCAGGAGCUGAACCGGGCUCAGCAGGAGCUGAACCGGGCUCAGCAGGAGCUGAACCGGGCUCAGCAGGAGCUGAACCGGGCUCAGCAGGAGCUGAACCGGGCUCAGCAGGAGCUGAACCGGGCUCAGCAGGAGCUGAACCGGGCUCAGCAGGAGCUGAACCGGGCUCAGCAGGAGCUGAACCGGGCUCAGCAGGAGCUGAACCGGGCUCAGCAGGAGCUGAACCGGGCUCAGCAGGAGCUGAACCGGGCUCAGCAGGAGCUGAACCGGGCUCAGCAGGAGCUGAACCGGGCUCAGCAGGAGCUGAACCGGGCUCAGCAGGAGCUGAACCGGGCUCAGCAGGAGCUGAACCGGGCUCAGCAGGAGCUGAACCGGGCUCAGCAGGAGCUGAACCGGGCUCAGCAGGAGCUGAACCGGGCUCAGCAGGAGCUGAACCGGGCUCAGCAGGAGCUGAACCGGGCUCAGCAGGAGCUGAACCGGGCUCAGCAGGAGCUGAACCGGGCUCAGCAGGAGCUGAACCGGGCUCAGCAGGAGCUGAACCGGGCUCAGCAGGAGCUGAACCGGGCUCAGCAGGAGCUGAACCGGGCUCAGCAGGAGCUGAACCGGGCUCAGCAGGAGCUGAACCGGGCUCAGCAGGAGCUGAACCGGGCUCAGCAGGAGCUGAACCGGGCUCAGCAGGAGCUGAACCGGGCUCAGCAGGAGCUGAACCGGGCUCAGCAGGAGCUGAACCGGGCUCAGCAGGAGCUGAACCGGGCUCAGCAGGAGCUGAACCGGGCUCAGCAGGAGCAGCGUCUACAGAUGGCCCUCGAAGGUGCAACACAUGUAAUGGAGCUGGAAGCAGCCUUGAGGAGGGAGGAGAACGCUCAAACGGCAGCCUUCAGUCAGGCCUUCCUUGUUACACUGAGCCAGCUUGUACGGGCGUUGAGUGGCCAGCCCACCCCGAAUCCUCCACUCCUGGACUAGACCUCUUGUACCAAAUGUAUAGCAUGGUAAUCAUCAUGGAAAAGGCUAUGAAAUAAUUAAUUGUGGGAUGCUGAACUAUUCAAUUAUAUACUAUUACUCCUCCCCAAUAGGAGAGUACAGAUUAUGAAAUGGAACUCACUAGAUAAGCUAUAACAGGAGUAAGCAAUUACCUUGAAUACAUUAUCUAAUAAAAUGUUAGCCUUGGAACCUGCCAAUAAGCAAUUAACGAAACAUUACAUGACAAACCUAAUUCAUUAUGUUUUGGUGGAAAGCGAAGGGACCGAGCGAAGUCCACUAUGGUGAUUUCACAAGGGAAGAUGGGCACAAAUGAAUCUGACAGAAGACAGCCCAUCAAACUGUACCAAACCCAGCUGUGAGCUUCCAAAAUUAAUGGCAUUCCAUUGAAAAGUCUUUAAAUAUACGUACAUUUUGCGAGAAAAGCAUUACACCAACAGUAUCUUUAUUGGAAUGUAGUGUCUGUCGUUUAACAUGCUGUGGAUUAUUACUGAAUCAUAACUGUCUCUAAGAUCUAUCUACAAACAUGUGUGCAUAUUGUUUUAAGAUGCAAAACACAAUUGAUUAGAUCAGCAUCAAUGUAUCUGAGCUUCUAUGGCUGUCAAUUGGAUAUUAUUGGAAAAACUUGAACUUGUUAUAUAUUUGCGUGUGAGUAUAUUGUGUAUUUUUUGGGAAUAUUAUAUCUGUAGAUCAGUAUAUUAUC